GUACUUUUAUGGGAUAACAUGAAUGGAGACUGGAUACGACUGCAAAACUUAGAGAAACUUUUCAGUGAGUUGCUAAAAGACAGGCCAUCCUUAAGAAAAGAUGAAGAAGACGUUCUUUCACUUAUGGAAAAGCUCCCAAAAGAGGAGGUCCUUACUAUGUUGACUAACUCAGACAGUUUGGUCGCCUUUCGCUGUUCCUGUUUGUUAAGUGAUAUAUUGACCAAAGGACUUUAUGCCAUUUUAACUGAACAAAGAGAAGGCUUAAUAGGAAGCGAAGAAAUGUUUAAACUAAGGUUGGAAAGUUUGUUUUCGUCUUUUGCAUUUCUAGACCUUUUCGUGACUGUAGAACCAGUGUUCCUGUAUCGCCUAUGCAGAUUCUAUGCAAGGGUCUUGGACAAUAUGGGAAGACUUCUUCAAGAAUAUUCAGUGACUGACUCCUCACCGGUUUCCGUUGUUGUAUUGAGGUUAGAAAGAUUGAUUUGGAGGCAACGAGAUAUGCUGUUGUUUCCUCAUGGAGAGACAACGACCAGUGUUCCGUAUGCAUUCACGGCUUAUUUAGUGUUGUGUCGCAAGUGGAUUUCUUUUUUAACUUUAUUACACUCGCCUUAUCAUUCGACACAUUCCUUACUGAAUGUUCCCGACUUUGUCCGAUACGCAAAUACGCAUCCAGUGUUUUAUGUCCGUCAAAGAAGUUGGGAAUUGUUAUUGGAGUUACAAAAACGUCACGUGGAGUUUUCAAGAGUAAUUUUAGAAGAAGCUUGCAGAGAAGAAAACCUACCAUCAUUAACGACACUUUUCAGUGAACAGGAUAGUGGCACUCUUCAAAUGAGUAGUUACUUUGGUUAUCAAGCGGAUUCUGUUCCUAGUAUCCCAACAAAACAGAUGUUUCUUCGCUAUUAUAUUCUGGGCCUUGUAUCAUCUCUCAGUGAUCUGUCAUGGAAUGAAGCUCUUCUUCAUUCUACCCAUUUGUAUUUUGUAGAACGAGUGGAUUUCAUAUUGAAACAAAUCACAUUUUUCUUGGCUUCCUGGUAUGCGCCACCAAAGAGUCAUAGUUUGGAAUACUAUUUAGUGAUGUUAUUCACUGAACAAGAUGACUUGAUGUGUAUGCUUUUCACAAAAGUUUUAAAGCUAUGCCGACAAUCUUUGAAUUCUGAAGAGCAGCAACAUAAGAAAAUACCGAAAUUAUCACUGAAUAUUCAUCCGAUGGUAUUUUGUUGGUUAUAUCAAAUAGACUUUGAUGAAUAUGUUCUACUUGACUUGAUCAAUUCGUCUGAAACUGAAUUUCUAACUUUCUUUGUGAAGUAUUUAAACGCCAUCUUAUAUACCGAACCUGAAGAUUUUUUGGGCAAUAUUCUGGAAGGUGAUUCAGGUCGCUUUACUUCUCUACUAGAGAAAUUGAGCUCGGUACUAGAACGCCUGCAAGACAAAAACCUUAUCCCAUUUUGCUGUGAGCCACUUAUUAGAAAAAUGAGACAAGUAUUGCGACAUAUUCUUCCAAUUGCUUCGACACGCGAUAAAAAGCAGCGGUCUGAAUUUUCAGAUAAAGUCUCUCCAAGUUAGCUAAUAUAGAAAUAUACCGUUAAAUUGUAUCUUUUCAUAAGAUGGAAUGGUUUAACUUUUUUUCAUUGCUUCUUUUUACGGUUUGCACAAAGGCGUGGUUUGUGUUGUUUUCUGUUUUUCUUUUAUACAUUAUUUAUGAGUGUCGCGUGUAGUUAAAGCUCUUAGUGUUCAAGCUAUACCAGGCAGACUGCUUUCUAUCCUAUGUCGUGCUUUUCUGUUGAGAGUAUGUUGUACAGAUUAGGACCUCAAUAACUUCCUUCUUGCUAGAAUUUUCUCUUCUUCCUAUGGUUUUACUGGUCAGGCAAUUGAAGCAAUUCAAUUCUUUUCAAAAUGACGUUAUAGCUCUCGAAGAAUUACGGAAGAAUAUUGAUUCAUAGUUUUUCUAGUUAUUAUUGAGGAAUGGAAGCUAGUCAGUUGACUUACUGCUUCUUGCAAGUAUCAUUGAGUUCAAGCAGCCUGAAAUUCAUCCUUCUUAGAAUAUCUUACUUCACUAUCUGUGCUAUGAAAGUGCCAAUUGGAUAACUCUUUUGUCCUUCCAUUCUGGAUGAAUAGCCCAACUCAUGAAUGGAAUUUGUAGCAUGUUCAGUACAACUAUUAAAGCUUAAAUAAUUUGAACUGAUA